AUGAGUACGCCCCCUGCAUCAUCCUCGUCUAGCGGUGAAUCUCUCCAGCAACGAAAGCCGUGGCCUCCUCCUUCAAACGAGCUCUUCCUCUUAGAUGACUACAUCAUUCCCAAGAAUAUAGACGUUGCUGUUAUGUCGAUUGAAUUUUUGUCGGUUGACGACCCUGCUUUCCUUGUGGACUAUGCAUCUGAUGCUGAGUUUCACGCUGCCCUUGCGCUUGCUGGCUCUCCAGUUGCACAAGGCGCAGAUGCCGCUGCUUCCGCAGUUGCAUUUCGCCAAUGGGUUUUCAAUUUUUCGUGGAAACCAGCCCCAAUUGUAGUGUGUCGCGACAGGCGCCUCUUGCUGGAUAUUCAGAUUGUUGCUUUCAACGUCUCUCCAGCCAUGAAGCAAUCCAAAUUGUCAAUCUAA